UAUCACAUGUUUAGAGCAAGAAAGCUACUGAUAGAAGCGUGCUAUCAUACCUUAAAAUAGACUUCAGUUAUUGCAGAUUGAGAAAAUACGUGAUAGCACUGGUCCCUCCACAUGGUACAAAAAAACCACUUUUGGGGGUCUUGGCCCAUGGACUAUCUCUCUUCUCUCCUCUUUCCGGCUUCCGCUCUCCAGAUCUCUUCGCCCCAUCCUCGACUAGAGAGCUUGUUCACAGGCUACCGUAUAGAUACUGUUGGCCUUGCCAAUGCACUUGGUGUGAUGUCAUUUGAUGUCAUUUUAGACGUGUGCUAUCAUCAUUCCUCUCUAGUUCGCACGAAUUGGUUUGGAGCAAACUGCACAUGGGUGUUUCCACGUGCGAGUUACGUUUUUCUUAGAGCAUGAGACUCCUCUCCACGAACCAAAACAUGAAAAUACGAUACAUUGGAUUGCUUUUCGUUUCUUUCUUGGGUGAGGUUAUGGCAUCAUUUGGAACUUCAGUCACAAGUGUGGACAGGUUUGUUCUCGUAACUCUGCAGCUGGUGAUUGAAGUUUCGAAACAAGCGACGUUCACAAGCUAAUUCGCGAAGGAAGGGUUCGAAUGAGCCUGCAGAGCGUUGCUAGGCUGUCGGCUGUCGGCUGUCGGCUGGUAAAAACUAUUUAGGGAUCUUUGUAGACGCGGGGUAAAUAACUAUUUAGACGUGUGCUAAAACGAGGAUUCUCAGAGAGCUGCCUUAGAUUUUUACUAUUUCUGGCUUUUUGAGGCUGUAUAAACAUUGAGUAACUGUCAGUUUCAUUAUCAUGUCAAAUAGUGGCACGGAGGUAUAUGCCCUGGAGAAAGGUUAGCCACCUUCCGUUAAAAAAUCUUGAACGGUACGUGGCCGAUGGUAUAACGCAACCUCGUUUCCAUAUGUUGAACUAGGAGAAAAUCUCAUGCAUUACCAGUGUAUUUAUGUGCCUUCUGAUCGCCUUAGCUAUCUGGGAAUCUGUAACAACUUUAACAACCGAAUUUCAGCUGAAAUAAUCAAGUUAACCUGAUUAACCACCAAAGAGGGUGAAUAAGAUUAGUGAGCUAAUCACACGUGAUGACAGCUUUCAAAGCAUGUUCUUUUCUACUGUUCAUCAGUUAACGAUAUAACCUGGUGAAUGAUUUUACUAAAGUAUUUCUGUCACCAUUGAAAACAUAUUCACAUUGAAUUUCCACUCUUAACUACCUCUUCUGCCUGUAUAUAAACAUAUUUUAUGGUAAUGGUGGCUGUCCUCCGCUCUGUUAAUGAAUUGCACCAUGUGUAAAUUCACGUAUAUUUUCUGAUUCCCAUAAUGACUACAGUAAAUUCCAAAUCAAAAUAGAAGUGGUACUUUUUUUUUAGUUGGUUAAUUAUUCACACCCCCGACCCGACCUCACUAUUCGGGGACACUGCUACUGGUCCUGAGGGUGUCCCCAACCUUGGGCGUUCCCAGGACCCUCCUCAACCUCGUUCCCUAUAGUAAGGGAGGCAGAGGAGAGAGAGCCUGGAAACGAGGUUGGGCCUUUCUUCGGCGAUGUUUAAAAAAAAAAAAAAAUUGGAGAAGACGCUGGGGACGAAGUUGAGGGUGUCUCCUGAAUAGAGGCUCCACUGUAAGUAGAUAGACUGAUUGAUUAAUUAUUAUUUGAUUGACUCUCCGCCAUUGGGUUUCCGUUCAAACAAGUCAUAGGGGCAUAUGAUGCAGAACUCGCUGUGCUGCUGAAUUAUUUUCUUAAAAUCAUAUUCUACUGGGCUUGAAAUCACUGUCUUCAAUAUCCUGGGAUUUUCCCUAAGAUGGAAUAAUGAGUGAAAAAUGGUUCGUCACGCAUUCCGUUGCGUGACAUAUAUGGAGCCCGGGAAUUCGACUCGGUUCCAAGUUGACAAAAUUUCACCUUACUCCUCCCACUUAGGCAACGUAGUCACGAUUUGUUGUCAACAUGGCGGCUGUUGCUACGAAAAUUUAGCAUCGUAGUUUGUCUGUUUUUGUCCACUUUUCCUGUCUCUUCUUUGAAAGUAGCUCUACCAGUGCAACAUAAAGCAUGAGCAACAAGCUUUCCAGCAAGCCAUCCAAGAAGGAUCGCCCAAGGUCCACAGAUAAGAGUGCAAAAUCUAAAAAGAGGGAUGGUGGUACCCCUGAUAAGAUGAGUUCGCCAGUUGGUUCUGCUGUGCACAUCCCAGAUGAAUUGUGUACAGGACCGUCAGUUGGGAAAGUUAUCACUGGUGAUGAUAUUGAUUCUCUUGCAAUCAAUGUGGAUGAGCUCAAAAAGGUACAUCCUCCCAAGAGACCACCUGUCCCUAAACCAUCAACAACUGUUAUGGUGCGCAAGACGCGGCUUAAAAAAUCUGCAGAACAGAGCCAGCCACUGGGAAAGAGUGUGAAGGUUGCUCGACCUGAUCAUCCUGAUGUUCCUUUAGUGUCUACUCCACUUAAUCUACCUCCAUUCUCUGCUUACAAGUUUGGUGCUGGCAAAGUAAGGCCAACAACAAAAGGCACGAAAAAGGAAAAGAAGUUUUCCAGCCAUGUUUGGCAAACAAGGAUAAAUGAAAAUAAUGCACUGACCAACUGGCAAAGACAGAUGUUGCAAAGAAAGAAGCAGCAGCAACACCUCUCUAACAUUUUGAACACCUCAACAGACAUGUUGGUAAUGAACCAAAGUGAAGACUACAGGGAAACGCAAGAAGACAGGUAUGCCAUUGACAGGUCUAUCCCAUCAAUGGACUAUGGCAAAGGAUAUCGUGUUGGCAGUGAGUUCUGGAAACAAGUAGAACAAAUAGGAGACGAUGAAACAGGGAUUAAUAUGACUUUAACACAGACUGAGCGUGGUUAUCCACCAGCAAUUGAACACAUUGGAAAAGCCAUCUAUAUCAAGAAUGAAAUGGGCAUAGAGUGGUCCAAAACCCACAGGUCUGCUUCAGUGCACUAUCCAUGGCAAAAAUCAACUUAUAUUCAGGAGAGAAAUAAGCAGCUCCAAACUGUUCUACAUGAGCUGGAUCCUCAUGAGCCGUACAUUGAUGAGCUCGAGGUGAUAGGAACAAACCAGCCUCAACAUCCAUCCAAGUUUGAUAUGAUGUCGGUCGUACAAGAAGAGGAAGAGGAGAGUGAAAUGUUAGAAGAAACCACGAGUGAAAGGGAUCCUCUAGCAAACAUUGCUGAUGUUGUUCCUCAGCCCAUAUUUGGACCGUCGUUAUCCAUUGGUGGUCAAACGGCUCAGUGGAAAGGACAGAGGACUGCGGUCAGUGGACAAGUAGGCGUGGCUUGCCGCGUGAUAUUUGACGCCAAUGUGGGAGAUAGGGUCACCUCCCAUUUGGAUAUAUGCAACGAUGGAACAACGGCUAUAUACUUUUCUUGGAAGAAAAUACCUCGUCUCAACGUGCUGGGUACAAAGCUCGCAGGCCAGACUCAAAGGUUUUACUUUGACUUUAAGAGCGGGGUGAUUCUGCCAGGGGAUACUUUGAAGUUCCCAUUCGUAUUUAAAUCCCCCAAUGCGGGGAUCUUCACAGAGACGUGGGAGUUUAUGACCAGGCCUACAUUGUGUGGUGGCGCCCCUAUAAGAAUCACUCUGAAAGGCGUAGCAGUGGAGGAUGACAUCUACAAAGAGGCCAGACAGCAGAUCGAACAGGAGCUAGCUCACAGAGAGGCCGUGGAAACUGCCGCUAGACUUUUGGAUGAGAUCCUUGAAGGCGUUCGAACUCCCGAAAGGCCCAGAUCCCCUGUGGAUGCUUAUAUCACGGAAGAGGAGAUAUUUGGAAGAGCAAACCAAGGGAUGUAUUUCCAGGAUGAGGUGGUUCAAGAACUAAAGCAGAUUUACGCACAGCUCGAAGAGGACGAGGAUUGGGACUUGUCGCUACAGUCCCUUCAACAGAAAAUCAUGUCAGUUGAAGAUGCAGAUCAGCGUGACAGCUUGCUCCAGACGCUGAACAGCUCUAUAUCAACACUGUCAUUUCCGCCAAUGACACCCGUAAAACACGCCAUGUAUACUGCAGGGUAUCAACUGCUCUGUGAAAUGGUGGACAGUAUUGUGGGUCAGGCCAACAUGAUAAGAUCUAUACUUGGUCUUCCUGAGAGAGAGCUCGUCGAGGACACAUCACAAGAAGAAGUAGAAAAACGGCUACGUAAAGGAACUACUUCUGAAACGAAAGCGGACAGCAGAAAAGGAGACAAGAAAGACAAGAAAGGAGGCAAGAUUCCUGAAUCUGAUCGUCCAAAUUCCACUCAGCGGUCGAAGUUAUCAGCAAAAAAGUCUGGAAGAGGUACCAGUACACCUUCCUCUCAGUCUAAAUCAGCCCUCAGUGAAACUGCAGCAGAGAGGACUGGGACUCCGGUUAGUGUAGAUGGUUUAGCAGUGGAUAAUGCUGCUGACCCUGUUUUAGAAGCAAAAUACAGAGACAAGCUCUUUACGCAGGUAUGAAGCUUUCUUGAUAUGGACAAAUGAGUGAAUGAAAAGUGUCAGCA